GUUAGUGCACGGCAGCUGCGGAGAUGCAAACCACGAUGACAACGCGACGACUUGGCCUUCUCGGUCUGCUGGUGGUGCUGGGCUGCAUCAUCGCCCAGGGCAAACCACAUGGCUGGAGCAGCGGCGGCGGUGGUGGAGGCUGGUCCUCUGGAGGAUCGGGUGGCAGUAAGGUCAUUAUCAGUGCUUGGCCUUCCAGCGGUGGAGGAGGUUGGUCCUCUGGUAGCGGAUCUGGAGGCUGGAAGAGCGGUGGUGGCGGCGGCGGCGGCUGGUCAUCUGGUGGAUCAGGAGGUGGCUGGAAGAGCGUCGGCGGCUCUGGUGGCUGGAAGAGCGGCGGCGGCUCAGGUGGCUGGUCCUCCGGUGGAUCCUAUGGCUGGCCAAGUUCCGGCAGCUCUGGCUGGAAGUCAGGAGGCAGCUCGGGAUUAUCCAGUGCACUGUCCAGUCUCUCCAGUUGGAAAUCCCAAGCUUUGGGUAGCUUAAGCAGCGGUUGGAAAAGCGGCGGCGGUGGAGGUGGCUGGUCAUCUGGUGGUUCCUCAGGCGGCGGCUGGAAGAGCGGCGGUGGAUCUGGUGGUUGGUCCUCCGGUGGGUCCUCCGCUUGGCCCAGCAAGAUCAGCAGCGGUUGGUCCUCCGGUGGAGGUGGAGGUGGCGGUGGUUGGUCCGUCGGAGGAGGCGGAGGCGGCGGCUGGAGCUGGUAAUCAGACCCUGCAAAGAAGACGACAUCCAUCCGAGGAAAAUCGGCGACGAGGCGACACCGCUAUCCACUGCUCAACCUGUACAUAAUAAUUCUCUGCCCUUAAAUUAACCAAUUUUUUUUUGUAUAUCUAACUAUGUGAAUAAAUCUUACAAGAAAGUAUA